GAAUCGGUUGUAGCGAUGAGUUCACACAAAGAGUCUCAGCAAAGCAAAUGGAAAUCUCUAGAACCUGCCGUCAGAAGGGGAAAUAUCUCCCAAGUUUCUUCCAUCCUCGACGACAACCCCAAUCUUGCCGCCGCUCCCGGCCCACAUUCCUUGCUCCACAGUGCCGUGGACUCCGAAGGGAACUGUACUUCGUUGCUGCGUAAGCUGCUCGAUGCUGGAGUCCCGCCCAACACUCAAAGUCUGGCGACCAUCGGCGCCCUCCACCUCGCGGCGAAGAAGAGCUGCUUCAAUUGCAUGAAGCAACUGCUCGACGCAGGCGCCGACGUUAACCUCAAGGACAUACAGGAUCGAACUCCUUUGUUUUACGCAGUCAAUAACAAUCGCGACGGAAGUGGUCAGUGCAUACAGCUGCUCCUGGAGAAGGGCUCUUCAGUUAACGAUGUUUGUGAGGGCCGCAUCACACCCCUUCACGUUGCUGCUGAAGUGGGCAACGUCACAGCUGCCCAGCUGUUGCUGAAGGCAGGGGCGUCCCACGAUGCGAGAGACAAGGAUGGCUGCACGCCCUUGCAUCUUGCCACGACUUCCGGCAUGGUUGAGGCACUGUUAGCAGGCGGAGCUGAAGUCACAGUAAAGGACAACGCCCUUCAGACGCCGCUAGAGAGAGUGAUUCAGUUCUACCCGACGGUCGCCCAGACACUGCUUGACGCCGGCGUAGAAGUGCGCGGGAACCCGCAGGAAAAAGACCUUCGCGUCUUUUUCCAUUUGAACACCGUGACUGGUGGCAGCAGCCCAUGCGAAGUAGAUCUCUUAGACAAAAUAGAAAAUUAUGGUCACUACGAUCUUCUAAAGCAUCCUCUUUGCGAAAUAUUUCUCCACCUGAAGUGGUACCACGUACAACCGCUCUUCUACAUGUUAUCCAUCUUACGCGUGGUCAUGAUUGUCUCCCUGACACUGUACCUGACCUUUCAGCAACGAGUCGAGAGGAAGGGGACUGAAUACGCCGCUAACUGCUCCGUCUGGAGCAAUGGACUUGACGACCUCCUCAGUGAUGAGAACUUGUAUAUUGUGAUUACUUCAACGAGAGUGUUGGCACUACUACUUGUAGCCUUACUUAUCGUAUGGGAUGUAAUAAAAUAUUUUUCAUUCAAGUUGCAAUUCUGGAGAAGAAUGGAUUCACCUAUUACCAUUGUCUUCUUUGUGUGUUCUGCCGCGGUGCUAAUUGCGGGUUAUGAUUUAAGCUCUUGGAAACAACACUUCGGUACUGUGGCGCUUUUGACAGGCUGGUUGCAGGUGACAUUCAUCCUGUCCCACAGCCCCGAUCUUGGCAUUUAUAUCCAGUUGUUCAAGGUGGUGGCGCUUAGGAUGACCAAGUUUGCGGUCGUCUACCUGCCCGUCUUCAUAGGCUUCUCCCUCUGCUUCCGAGUGACCUUUGACCAGAGCGGAACCACCUUCCAGACGCCCCUGUCCUCCGGCAUCAAGGCCCUGGCCAUGAUGUCAGGCGAGCUCGACUACAAUAGUGUCCUUGGUCGUCAUGACCCCAUUCGCCCUGGAACGAGGGAAAUCAUUUUCUGCUUCUACGUACUGUUGAUAGCAAUAACCACAGUCAAUCUUCUGGUGGGCCUUGCUGUGAGGGACAUCCAGGUGUUGAUGAAGAAGGCGGGGGUGAAUCGCCUGGCGUUGACUGUCCUCUUAGAGAUGCAGAUCGACGAGUUCUUCAAUUCGCGUUUCGCCUCCUGCUUCCUCCUCCGGCCACUGAAGGACAUGACGUCACUCCUACCGAGCCUGACCGCCAAACCGCUGACUGUCAGGCGCGGCAGCUCCCGGCCCCGAAGCACAAUCGCCAACUUCAAGAUGCAGGGACAGGCCGCCCAGAGAAUGAUCGUAGCAGAAAAGUACUACAAUGUGUUCAUCUGCCCCAACCGCACGAAUGACUCCGGCCAAGUGUACAGGAGUCUCAUCCCACACGAAUUCUCCAGCGAGGGCUUCAUCGAGCGACCUGCCGCGUUCACGCUCCCCCCAUGGAUUGUGAGGAACACCAAGCUCCUCAUCAACAGCGACCGGUUCAGGAGGAAGGUCGAUGGAGGUGAAGGGAACCAGACGCAAGAAGAAGCUUCGAUGCUCAAUUCAGGCUCCUUCUGAGGACGAAGGGUGCGGAGGCUUGCAAGAAAGGGACUUGGCGUUCGAGAGCCUAUUGAAUCAGCAUCAUAAUCAACAUUAUUAAUUUAAAUGUUUUUAUCACUAUCACUAGUAAUAUUAUUAUUAUUAUUAUUAUUAUUAUCAGUUACUAUUAUUGUUGCUAUUAUUAUUAUCAUUAUUACUGUUAUUGACUUCAAUGUUAUCAUUAUUAUCAUUAUCAUUAUAAUUGGACUAAUACCAAAUCAUGAGUGCUUGCAUAAUGAGUUCCAUUAUUAUGAUAUUAUUAUCAUUAGUACUGUUAUGAUUAUUACUGCUGUUGUUCUUAUUACUGAUUACUGUUAUUGUUAUCAUUAUCAUUAUCAAUAUAUCACAACUAUUAAUUGCAAUAUCAUUAUACAUCGAUAUUGUUAAUAUUAUAAUUUUUGUUAUCAUGAUCUUGAUUAUUACCAUCAAUAUUAUAGCGAAUAUUAUUAUCAUGGUCAGUAUCAUUAUGAUUCUUAUUACUCGUAUUUUGUUUUUCAAAAAACUGUUACUAUCACUGACACUUGUAUAGAAUAUGGCUGAAUAUAGAAAUGGUGAAGCUAUCCUGAUGCAAGAAAUUGUUGUCCAGAGAUGCACAGAUAUAACAACUUAUUUAAUUAAAAGAUACAUUGAUGUUUA